AUGCCUAGUUAUGCCAAGUUCCUUAAAGACAUUUUGAGUAAGAAGAAGAAGUUGACCGAAUAUGAGAUCGUAGCUCUUACCGAAGGAUGUAGUGCGCUUCUAACCAACAAAAUACCUCUUAAGCUUAAAGACCCAGGAAGUUUCACUAUUCCUUGUUCUAUAGGUGGAAAGGAGAUUGGUAAAGCAUUGUGUGAUUUAGGUGCUAGUAUCAACCUUAUGCACUUGUCUGUUUUCAACACCUUAGGCAUAGGAGAAGCUAGACCCACCACUGUCACCUUGCAAUUGGCCAAUAGAAGCAUUGCUUAUCCAAAAGGAAGACCUUUCUUAGCCACUGGUGGAACUUUGAUUGAUGUCCAAAAAGGAGAGCUGACCAUGAGACUUCAAGACCAGAAAGUCACAUUCAAUGUCUUCAAUUCCUUAAAGUACCCUGAUUACUUAGAGGAAUGCUCAAGAGUUACUGAGAUAGAGACAAUGUGUUAUGAGGAAGGAGUUAGGAAGGCCUAUAAGCUAAAGGAGGAGGAUAGUGCUGAGAAAGGUGAUGAGACUACUGAGGAUUUAGAAGGUGAUGUCCCAUCUGAUGCUGCAGCAUUUGAGUUGCUGGACAAUGGUGAGCUUAAGAAUUUUACCCCGUGCAUAAUUUCACCACCUGACCUGGAGUUAAAGGAACUCCCAUCUCAUUUGAAGUAUGUUUUUCUAGGAGAAGAAGGUACGUUACUUGUCAUCAUAUAA